AUGCCCUGCUUCAAGGGCAUUGCGGUCAGCAUCCAUGCAAACGGCUCCCCGUUGCCCGAAUAUGGCAUCCAGAGGCAAUCGAGACUCUCUCGUAUCAGCAACUACAUUCCCGUGCCCCAGCCUAGCCUGAGCGGCGACUCCAACAAGCCUGAACCCGCCAAGUUUGCCAUCUCCAUCACCCUCCUGACCCCGGGCUUGCCGAUCCCCUACUCGGCCCCAAAGCCCAGCGACAGCAACCCUUACCCGAAGCCGCACUUCGUUGGUAGUCUCCAUCCCGGCUCCAGCAAUGAGCGGGGCAAGUUUGCUGGCAUCGUCACACCCUACAUCCCCAUGACCAACUCGGAGAACGAGACGAUUGCUGCCUACAUCUACUUCGAUGGCCGGGCCAAGGAAGAAGUGGCCACGCUACUCCGACCCGGCGAAGAGACCUGGGUCAACAGCCGCUGGGUUCAGAUACCCGACUCUGAGGGCGGCGGGCUAGCCGAACGCGAGUUUCUCUUCAGGGAGGUGGGCCUCGAACGCUGGCUCAACGGCCUCGACCUGCAGGGUCACGAUGCGGCCGAGAACCUGGAGAGGCGGCGGCAGAAAUUUGAGAAGCGUCAGCGUCGACAGAAUCGGGCAAUCAACGGCGACGCGGCCGUAUUUGAUUCCGAUUCUUGGUCUGACGAUGACGACGAGCCCCCAGAGGCCACCGGUCAAAUCAAGGUUGCCAUGUUUCGAGUACUUGCCUCUGGAGAAAUCAAGAAGGGGGAGUACUCGCCUCAGUUCGACGCACACGACGGUGACGAUGAAACGGCGGGCACCACUGACAACGGCAUCAAUGCCGAUGUCGAGCACACGACAAGUUUUGCCAAGCCCAAGUCUCUCGACCCAAAAACUAUUAGCACACAAACGGUUACAGGCAUUGAUGGGCCAGAUAAACCGUAUGCGGUCUUCACCUUUUUCUACAGGGGCGAUAGACAGCUGCAAAAGAUUGGCGUGAUGCAAUCGUCCAAGAACACUCAAGCUACCCCGGGAUCUGUCAAACGCCGCUCUGGGCAGCUCGACUUUUCAAGCCUGGGCCCCUUGAAAGCGGGCGGAACCGUGGGCUUCACGGCCUUCCGAGAUCAAGACUCCUCGGACGUUGUGCGACGGAGAAAGGCCAGAAAGAAGAGCAACGGGCAUAUUGCCGAUGACAGCGAAGACGAAGACGAUGACGUGGGCGAAAUCGUCGGAAGAAUGGAAGACCUCGACGACAAAGUAGAGGACGGCAAGUUGACCGAGGACGACCCCAAGUUUGGCGGGGACUUGGCGGAUGGCGUAAAUCGAAUCCGGCUUAAGCGUGCGCACUCGACCGAGCCGGACAGCCGAUCGACCCCCGAGGCAUCCCAGCGGACGGCGGCAGACGAUUCUCCUACGCUCCAAGGCGCGUUACCUGGACAGCCUCUGUUGGCCAGUCAGGGCGCACCAGGCGAUGCUGCAGAGGCGCUUGUCGGCAGCCCGCUAAAGAAGGCGCGGCCGAGCGUCGCACAGUCCAGUGCCGGCGACCAGUCUUCGGCAUCUCAGAGUCUAAGCGCCGCUUUGGAUGCCGCGCUGUCUGGCAGCUCAGCACCCCACACUACCGACGCCAUGACGACGACGAUGACGACGACGACGACGACUACAGCGACGACGACUACGACGGAUCGAGUUGAGGAGGAACUUUAG